UAUGAAUUUUCAAAAUACAUCAACAUGUAGCAGCGAUAGAUUGACAUUUACGGACGAUAGUAAUUCCAUUACAUUCUGUCAAUAUAGAUUACUGAAUGAUAUGGACGAUAAUCAGAGGUCAAUAACAACAAAUUUAUUCUAUAUUGAGAAACCAAUGCUGAAUCAAAAUUAUCAAAUAAAGCCAAAAGGGUCAUUGGUUAUUCGAUACAUCACUGACGGAGAAUCUACUCAGUCGGAAUUCUCUCUAAUAGCUAACUUCAAAAAUCCAACAUUUCAGUGUGAAAAGCCAACUGAAAGUUCGGAUAAAAUUCAGAGAAUAGAAUGCAAGGAUCACUCAAGAGAUACAUUCAAUUUUGACUGUUCCGGUAGAGUACUUUUUAUAUCGACUAAUAAUACAUACGCUUCCGGAGAAGACUGUACAGUAAUUGUAAAUACUUUAUGCGGACAAAUUGGGACAUUUUUCUUUGAGUUUGAAUCUUUCGAUGUAGAAAAGCAGAAUCUUUGCGAAUAUGAUAAAUUAUAUAUUGCAAGCGAAAAUGUAAAUCGCACUUUCUGUGGAAGAGGCGGAAGAGGGGAUAUUUCUGUUAGAGAAGAUGAUCGAAUAAUCCAUCGCUCAGUUCAGCUCCAUAAAGCUUAUUCAAUAAAAACUGUCAAGUCUGUUACUGUAAACUUUGUUACUGAUGCAAGUGUUGUAAAGAGAGGAUUUGUUAUGAAAGCAUGGUUUGAUUGCGAUAAGACAGAAGAGGACGAAAUAGUAACUACCACUCCUAGAAUGCCAAACACUACAUCAGCAAAUCGGGAAGAUUCUCAACUACUGUAUUGUCAGAAUGGAUCAAAAGAGACUAUCACAUUGGGUUGCAAUAAUAGAAAUUAUACAUUAUCAUCGAAUGGUUCUUACAGAUCAUACGAGUCUUGUAACUAUCAUUUCAUACUUGAAAAUGGUUUAAAAGGGAGAUUAUCAUUGGAAUUUAAAUCAUUUCAAGUCGAACGUAGCAUUGAUUGUCUUUAUGAUUACAUUGGUUUUAGACAAGACAAUAAGGAAAUCCGUGUUUGUGGUUAUGGGCAAAAUGGUUAA